UUUUAUGCGUUCCAGGACGACCGUUACCUCUACAUGGUGAUGGAGUACAUGCCCGGCGGAGACCUGGUCAACUUGAUGAGCAACUAUGACGUCCCUGAGAAGUGGGCCCGCUUUUACACCGCCGAGGUGGUGCUGGCUCUGGACGGGAUCCACGCCAUGGGAUUCAUACACAGGGACGUGAAGCCUGAUAACAUGUUGCUAGACAAAGCAGGCCACUUGAAGUUGGCAGACUUUGGGACCUGUAUGAAAAUGAACAAGGUAGCUAUCGCACUAGCCUUCCAACGCACCGUGACUGAUAAUGAGAAGUUAAUUGACACUAUCACCCUGUAG